GCUCGCUCCGCCGAGCGUCAACCCAAACUCGCUCAUAGAGUAACUAUACUUAAGGCGAUUUUCAGCCUGGAAUGAUUAUUUAUCGGUAAAUACCGUGGUUAUUCUUUUGGUUGACAACUUUGAGAGCCAAGUGUGACGUCAUAGCCCCCCACCAUUGAAGAAUCAUAACCCAAGGGCCGUGGAAAAACGACAACAACAUAAACAAACCCCCAGAAAAUUUCAAUUAAUAAUUAUUAAUUUCUAUAAUAAAUAAAAACGACAAUGAGUAGUGCAGAAUUUGAGAAAAACAAUUAUCCAAAAGCAUCAAAAUAUCUGGUCAAUGGAGCCUUCCUCACCUACAUUGCAGGCCUAUUUCUAAUGAUAUCAUUUUGCAGUCCUUACUGGGUAAAAUCCUACACCGAAACCUUUUCCGACUUCAAAAACAUGGGCCUGUGGGAGUACUGUUUCCACAACUUCCGGUACCCCUAUUACCAGUUUGACCACCCCUUUGACGGCUGCCAUCACGUUUUCAGCAAGGAAUACUUUGUUAUAAGGGAGUGGCUUUUGCCCCCUUGGCUAAUGACCGUACAGGCCUUUGUAACUAUGUCGUUUUUAUUCAGUUUUGGCUCGCAAAUUAUUAUGGCCAUGCAACUGUGUAGAUGGCCUUUGGAGUUUGUCCUAAAGUAUGAAUGGAUCUUGUCAGCUAUUAAUUUUGUUUGUGUUUGCACCACAACUGUCUUCAUGUUUCUAGCCAUAACAAUCUUUGGAGGCUCUUACACCCGCCGUGAUUGGUUGAUGUACCCCAACUUCAACUAUCUUUGUUGGUCGUACGGUUUGGCCUGUCUCUCUUUCUUUUUUCACGGUUUUGCCUCUGCCUUUUUGUACAAAGAGGCGAAAUUGAGUCACGAAAGACGACGCGAAUCGAAAAAUUUGAUUAUGCAAAUGCAACCCAACCCACAGCACAGACUAGGAUGGAACAUACCUAAUUAUUAGUAGGGUUCUCUUUUUCUAUUAAUGUAUAAAAGAAAAGGAGAGAAAUAUUCAAAAUAUUUUUGUAUGUUGAAUUGAGUAACUUGGGUUGAAAACAGUAUAAGUAGGCCAAUUGUCUUAAGGUAGGUUUAUACAGAUACCAAACAUUUGCAAACUGUCAAAAAACUCUUGUAAAAAUAAACCUCUGUUAUGUGUCUGUAUAAACCCACCCUUAGCUAGGGCAUGUUCCGUUUUCAAACAUAACCUGAAAUUGCUUCAUUUUCAGCUUCAAUCUGGCACCUGUGUAUUUUUCUUAUAUUAUAAAACAAACCUAAACGAGUGGCCUUUUUAAAAUCAAAUUAUUGUAUUUUUGAUAUAUAUUGUGAUUUUGACUGAUAGAUAUUAGUUUGAGGGCCAGUUUUAUAAUGAAAAGUUAACCUAAGGUUACCUGGACAUUAUAAUAUCAGCCCUAAGAGAUCUAAAAUUGAUUCCCUCCAUUAUAAUAUUAUUAUGUAUAAGUUACGUAAGUUUUUUUUUGUUUUAUACAUAUACGCACCAAUAAUUGAAUAAAAAUUAUCUGUGAA